GCGCCGCCGCCGGCGCUUCCUCACACGCGGCCGGCCCCGCGCACACGCCCGAGCGCCCGGCCAGACCCCCGCGCCCGGCCCCGCCCGCCUGCUCCUGGCCCCCAGCGGGGCGCAGGGCGGUGUGCAGGAUGGCGCCAACACUACAGCAGGCAUACCACCGGCGUUGGUGGAUGGCAUGCACCGCUGUGCUGGAGAAUCUCUUCUUCUCUGCCGUGCUGCUGGGCUGGGGCUCCUUGCUCAUCAUGCUCAAACACGAGGGCUUCUACUCCCACCUCUGCACAGAUGAGAAUGCCACCGAGGCCCACGCCAACCUCAGCACAGGGUCCAGGGCCAGGCCACUUGCCUUCCACUGGCCCAGCUGUGUGGAGCAGGAGGAGAUGCUGAACCUGGGCUUCACCAUUGGCUCCUUCCUGCUCAGCGCAGCCACCCUGCCACUGGGGGUACUCAUGGACAAACUGGGCCCACGGCCCCUGCGUCUCCUUGGCAGCUCCAGCUUUGCUAUCUCCUGUGCCCUGAUGGCCCUGGCUGCCUACAAGCCCCAAGUUCUGUCCCCACUGAUUUUCCUGGGCCUCUCCCUGAAUGGGUUCGGGGGUAUCUGCCUGACCUUCACCUCCCUCACGCUGCCCAAUAUGUUUGGGAACCUGCGCUCCACCUUCAUGGCUCUCAUGAUCGGCUCCUAUGCCUCCUCGGCUGUCACCUUCCCUGGAGUCAAGCUGAUUUAUGAUGUGGGCAUCUCCUUCAUUUCCAUCAUGCUGACCUGGGCAGGCCUGGCCUGUCUCAUCUUCCUCAACUGCUUCCUCAACUGGCCCAAGGAGUCCUUCCCAGCACCUGAGGAGGCCAGCUACACAAAGAAGAUCAAGCUGAGUGGGCUGGCGCUGGACCACAAAGUGACUGGUGACCGCUUCUACACCCAUGUCACCACUGUAGGGCACCGCCUCAGCCAGAAGGAGACAUCACUGAAGGAGGGCAAGGCACUGUAUCCCUCCACGCAGGACCUGUGCCACGGGGACACGGCACCUACUGAACGCUCAGUCCCCUUCCGCCGCAGCGUCUGUUCCCCCAUCUUCCUGUGGAGCCUGAUCACCAUGGGCAUGACCCAGCUGCGCAUCAUCUUCUACAUGGCCGCCAUGAACAAGAUGCUAGAGUUCCAGGUCACCGGUGGCAGCAAAGAUGAAAACCUGCAGGAGGAGGCGGAGCACAUAGUGGCCAUCUACUCCUCCAUCUUUGGGGUCAUGCAGUUGCUCUGCCUCUUCACCUGCCCCUUCAUUGGCUACGUGAUGGACUGGCACAUAAAGGACUGUGUGGACAGCCCGCUGGGCUCUGGGGACAGAGCAUCAGGGGCCGGGCCGAAAAAGCCAGCGGCCAAGCCCCGGUACUGUAAGGUGCAGAAGCUCACCAAUGCCAUCCGUGCUUUCACUUUCACCAACAUACUACUUGUGGGCUUCGGUGUCACCUGUCUCAUUGACAAUCUGCCUUUGCAGUUCCUGACCUUUGUGCUGCACACCAUGGUGCGAGGGUUCUUCCACUCUGCCUGUGGGGGCCUCUAUGCUGCUGUGUAUCCAUCCAAUCACUUCGGCACCCUGACGGGCCUGCAGUCACUCAUCAGUGCCGUCUUUGCCUUGCUCCAGCAGCCACUGUUCAUGGCAAUGGUGGGGCCACUGCAAGGCAACCCCUUCUGGGUCAAUUUAAGUCUCCUCAUCUUCUCAUUCCUGGGCUUCCUGCUCCCUUGCUACCUUUGCUACUUCCGCCGGACCCUGCUCUGUGACCAGGCUGCUCCAGGAGGCCCCACAGACCAGGCCGAAGGGGCUCAAGUGAAGCUCAAGGACAGCGUGGCCACCAAUGGCAAGCUGAGCACUGACGACACUGCAGCAUAGUCCGAGGAAAGGGGAUGGGAAAGGGGGGGGGGGGGGGGGAGCGUGGGUGACAGCAAACAAAAUGCCAGAUCCGCUCAUCAACCGAUUGCCAAGCAGAUGGGAUGAGACACCCAGAGCAGGAAAAAGAAACACUUGUAGGUUUCUGUACACGGGAGCCAUGGAAAUAGUCAGGCUGCGUCAGAUUUCUAACCAUUAUAUAUAUAUAUAUAUAUAUAUAUAUAUAUAUAUAUAUAUAUAUAUAUAUAUCUAUAUCUAGAGAGAGAGAGAUCUAUAUAUUUUUGCAGGGUACUUUAAAAAGCUCCGUGGCCUUAAAUAGCUAACCAAAGAAUGGGGUGAGCCUGUGAGCCCCAACGCAGAGGAUGCCUCGCUUAUGAAGUUCUCCACAUUGGAAAGGAGCUCUGGUCUGGAUGUUAAUCAUAUUGAUGAUAACCUGUAACACUUACCAGGAGUUGACUGCAAGGUGCUGGGUAAGGGUUGUGAUUCCCCCACAUCGUAGAUGGAGAAACUUUCUUCCUAGCCAAAAUCUGGGGUGGGAUAAAGUUCAUUUCUGUCUUUUAUGCCCCAAAGUGCUGUCAUUGGCACUUACUCCUUGCUAAACACCCCUUCUCUGCCAACUGAGGUAUCAGUGAAUUUUUCACUUCAAAAAGGGACAAGGCAGGCUACCCUUGUCAGACAGCACAGGGGUGUCCAUAAAGUUUCCUCUUAUAGGUUACCAUGUGCUUCUUAUAGGGAGGUGUUGAUAAAGGUCUCCCUUUUCUUUAGAAGUACAAUGUCAUUCUCUGUCUGGGGUGUCAAUAAAGUUUCCUUUUCUUGUAGGUCAUGUUAUGCUAACAGUGAGGUGUGACUAAAGUUCCCUUUAUUUUAGGAACCCCACAACAUCCUGCCUGCCUGGAUUGUUGAUCAAGUGCCUCCUCUUCCCCCUCAUUUUUCUUAAGCCACCUCUCUAGAACAGGGCUACCACUGCCACUGGGAUGGGGCUCAGUAUGCCUGUAGAACAUGGACGUAUUUUUCAUGUGUUUCACUUGGUUGGGAUAGAGAAACAAAUUCCUACAUUCAGAACUAUCACUUGGUAAGGGUGGACCAGAUCUGAUAACGGGCCAGUGGGUUCUGAGCUCCCCUAGGGCUUCCUGAGAGGGGAGAAAAGGAAGGACUGAAGGUCUAGCCAAGUGAGUCAUAAUCCAGGUUAGUCUUGACUCUUUUGGAGAACAAUGUCACCAGCAUCCAUGGCAACUGUUUACCUUCCAGUGACACUGUGGCAGGCAAGUCCCUGCCUGUUUCUGCAAUAUUGCCACCCUAUGGUAGCCAGAAAUGGGAUUGGCUGGGCAAUGGUGGGAAUGGGUCCAUGACCCCUUCCCCUUCUCUGUAAGCUCCCUUGUCUGUCCCGUCCAGAAUCACUGGUGUUCCUUAGCCUGCAAGGGAUUUAAUUUAUUGUUCUGCUUGUAUAUUUCAUAGGAAAUAAAAUGGCAAACAUGA